GGAGUGUGCCAUGGAUGAGACUCCGUAUGUUGAGACCCUGGAGCCUGGAGGGUCUGGUGGCUCACCUGAUGGAGCAGGAGGCUCCAAGCUGCCUCCAGUUCUGGCCAAUCUUAUGGGAAGCAUGGGAGCUGGGAAGAGCCCCCAGGGCCCUGGAGGAGGCGGCAUCAAUGUGCAGGAGAUCCUCACUUCCAUAAUGGGCAGUCCAAACAGCCACCCUUCAGAGGAGCUGCUGAAGCAGCCAGACUACUCAGACAAGCUCAAGCAGAUGCUGGUGCCACAUGGGCUCCUAGGUCCUGGUCCUGUAGCCAAUGGCUUCCCACCGGGAGGCCCUGGGGGCCCCAAGGGUAUGCAGCAUUUUCCCCCUGGUCCUGGAGGGCCCAUGCCAGGUCCCCACGGAGGCCCUGGUGGACCAGUAGGUCCACGUCUCCUGGGUCCCCCCCCACCUUCUCGGGGAGGUGAUCCUUUCUGGGAUGGCCCAGGUGACCCCAUGCGAGGUGGCCCAAUGCGUGGGGGUCCAGGACCUGCUCCUGGUCCAUACCACAGAGGCCGAGGGGGUCGAGGAGGAAAUGAGCCACCACCACCACCUCCGUUCCGAGGAGCCAGAGGAGGUCGUUCUGGAGGAGGACCCCCAAAUGGCCGAGGAGGUCCUGGUGGAGGAGGCAUGGUUGGAGGUGGUGGGCACCGCCCCCAUGAUGGACCUGGAGGGAGCAUGGGCAGUGGACACCGAUCCCAUGAGGGACCUGGAGGGAGCAUGGGCAGUGGACACCGAUCCCAUGAUGGACCUGGAGGGAGCAUGGGCAGUGGACACCGAUCCCAUGAGGGCCCUGGAGGGAGCAUGGGCAGUGGACACCGAUCCCAUGAGGGCCCUGGACACGGUGGACCCCAUGGCCACCGGCCACAUGAUGUCCCUAGCCAUCGAGGCCACGACCAUCGAGGGCCACCACCUCAUGAACACCGUGGUCAUGAUGGCCAUGGGGGAGGCGGCCACCGAGGGCAUGAUGGAGGCCACAGUCAUGGAGGAGGUGAGGACAUGCCUGAGGUCCCACGUGUAGGACAUUUUAGUGUCCCUCAACAUAUCUGUGGGGCAGAAGGGGAGGUACACAGGACAAGAUGAGGUUCCAUCUCCUUAAGGCUCUCUGUAUACAAGGAAGGCAGUUACUGCCUCCAUCUUUACCUCAGCCCCCUAAUACUAUUUAUUUCUGAAGACUUGGCCCUGU